AUGGCUGAUGCAUUACAGAAUAUUAUUGCUCAGAGUCUGGAGUGUCCUGUUUGUCUGAAUACCUUCACCGAUCCCAAGAUUCUGUCUUGUUCUCACACCUACUGCAAGACCUGUCUGGACAACCUCUUGGUAUACCAUGGUAAAGACCAGAUGCUCCGAUGCCCUGUCUGCAGAGCUGAAACCCAGGUCCCAAACCAAGAAGUCAGCAAAUUACCGGCAAGUCUAGCUUUGAAGUCUCUCAUAGAGGAUAUGAAGACUCAAUAUCAAUUGUGCACGAAUUGUAAAUCCCAAGACAAGCCCCAAGCUACUGUCUACUGUCAAGACUGUGGCAAGUAUUUCUGUAGCACUUGCCACAACAAACACUCUCAGUGGCCAGACUUCAUCACUCAUGAGGUCUUAGCCAUGAAUGAGAUCGAAUCAGGGAAGGUGUCAGUACGUAGAUACCGUAAAUGCAGGAAACACCCCAAAGAGGAUGAAGAAUGCUUCUGUGUCGACUGCAGGAGAUUUGCCUGCUUCAGGUGUGUUGUCAUGGAACAUACAAAGGAAGGACAUUGGGUCAUCGAGGCAGCUGUUUAUGAAAGCAACCAUAUGAAGAGUAUCGAGGACCUCAAAUCCAAGGCGGACAAGAAACGCUCUUGCUUUAAAAAAUACAUUGAAUUCAUUGAUGAACAAAAGGACCAUGUGGCCAAUGUUCAGAAGCAGUGUACAGAUGAUAUCAAUAAAGCAUUUGAAGAAUCAGUCCGGCAGCUGACAAACAAGAAAGAAAUCCUCAUUGGUGAAGUCAAGGAUAGGAUCGAAGGAGUAAAGAAAGAACUGGACAAAAUGAAGAAAUCGGCUGUGGAGCAUUUCACUCACUUGACCACCAUAGCUGACGUGGUAACCAAUAGGACAAAGAUACCGUCGGAUAUGGAUGCUUUGGCUGCACACGACACUCUAUGUCAAGACUUACAGGAGGCAUUGAAACAAGAAGAUCCUGACUACAAGCAGCCGAGGCAAUCGAGCAAGAAAGGAAAAAGUGUCACUUUUAAGAGGAACGUUGGAAUCGACGAGAUAGCUCUUGGUAAGAUCGUAAAUACAGUUGCAAAGAACAUCGCUUUGCCUACUAAGGAUAGCAUGAAUGCCAUGGUUGGUACACAUGACGGUAGAAUGGCAGUUGGAUGUCGUGGAGGUGGCGUUGAGAUCUUCUCUGCUGAUGGCCUGCUCAAGCAGAAAGUUUUCAAGGACGUUAACAUUCGUGAAAUAGGGUUCCUCUCUGAUGAUCGAUAUGUUCUACUUGAUGGCUUAAACAAUAUCACACUGUACACACCAGAGCUCACAAAGUUGAAUGUAAUGUUUGAGACUCUGAGUCAUGAUGUAGGUGGUUUUUCUAACCUCACUACAGACUGCGAUGAUCAGAUUUAUGUUAGCUACUGGAAAGCCAAGAAGAUCCGGGUAUUCUCACCAGCAGGUGGGAAGGCUAUCAGGGAGAUACCAUGUGAUGGGUAUGGACUUAAUACUAAGAUUACUAUAAUGAUCAACUGGUCGCCGUUUCUAGUGAUACAAUACGAUUGAUUGAUAUACAAGGUGUUGUAAAAUAUGAAUUAGUAAAAUUAGGUGAUUCCCUAUUCGCUGCUGUGUCUCAAGGGAAUACAAUCCUGCUAGCUACGUUGAAAGACGAUGUAGAUUUGGUCAGUAUUGAUGAGUACACUAACGAGCUGAAGCACGUCCAGAACAUCGUCAGUGAUUACAAGAUUGAGAAGCCUGAGAGGCACUGGUACUAUCUCUAGCAGUACCGAUCAGGAGAGAUCGCUUUUUGUACUCCUGAUAGACUCUAUAUAUUCCACUGAAAAUAAUGGAUGACUCCUCCUUACUCGCACUGUAUGAUACCAUCCAAUGAAAUCAGUUAUAUCUUGGACUAGGUGAAUUUGAGUCUUCGUGACUGUUUCCGAAAUAAUAUUCCUAGAUCAUGUAGAUCAAUUUCAAAGAUUGAACCUUUCUUAAAAGUAACCUUUGUUUUAAUAUACUUCGGAUGUGUUUUCUUUCAUCAUUUUGUUGUUGAUGACUCUACAUUGUGAAUCUGUCUGUUUGAUAGCUGUUGUAAAUGCUGUAGAAACAAUUUAAUUGUGGACUAAAAGAUUAUUUUACAGUAGGAUAUAAUGAUCACAGAAAUAGACUCUGUAUGUAUUGCCAUUUAUUUUGCCUUCAUUUUGUACAGAAUCAUUAGAGGAAAUGCCACGUUUUCAUAAUAAUGUCUAUUUCUUACAAUUUCUCUAGUUGUGCACUAAAGAGUUUGAGAGUUUUAAAAGGCGACCUAUUGACUGUAUGAUAUAUGUUGCAAAAACUAUUGUAAAACUAAUCGUCAAAAUAAGGGUUUAUUUUUUUAUCUGAAGGACUGUGAUGUUUUGUUUUCUGUUUUCUAUGUUUACUUUCCGUCUGGCAAAGUACAUGGGGGAAAUGGGAUGGAACUUGUCGGAAAUACCCUAUUCAUUUAUUCACUUUUUGGAGAUAUUUCGUUUUGUCUGUGUUUCAAUUUUUUUCAGUUUCUGUCCUUAGGAUAUAUUGUUGAUAGACAUUUGUAUCAAUCCUAUCUUAACCCAUACAAAUAAAAUACUAUGUAUUAGAAAGGAACCUCACUUACCUCAACGAAUGCAGACAAAAUAGAGAAAUUAGUCUUUAUAAGUUUCAGAACAAUCUGACAAUUUGUGAUUCUAAAGCUAUCAUUAAUUUUGUUCGCUUUGUGCUAAAGGUUUAAUUAAACAUCUCCCAGCAAAUUUCUUUGUCAUAGCUAUAUGACAGAACUUUGAAAAUGUAAGCAUGUUCUUAUAGGUCCUCCUGCGUUUAAAACGAAUACACUAUCAUCAAACCUUUGCUCAUACUUAAUCUAACAGAAUUUAAAAUACAAAAUUUGUUAUUUCAUGGCAUUAUACAUGUACAUGUAUUUGAUUCUUAUCUGUAUAACAUCUGAAGAAUUUAGGGAAACUGAAAUCGCUAAUACACAAAGAUAACUAUGCAGUGCUGAUUGUUGUAUUUAACAUUUGGUUAUUAUUAAGCAAUGACAUAUGCAAUUGGCAGUUGAUUUGGUUUUCAUUGUCAAUUAUAAACUCCUUUACCUCCCUUACGUUACAAAGAGUGGCCCUGAGUGGACGAACUUUGUUUUAAUAUUGUCUAUUCAUUCUUUCACCCCCAUGAGACCAUGACACUGCAGUCAUACCGCCGAAUUACAACCUCACAAACCUUCCAAAUCGAUCAUUUCUUCCAUUCUGUGUAUCAAUGUAAUAUCUUGUUCGGCCUCUUGUCAUUCUUGGUAUCGUUUCACAAGACCGUCAUAAAUACAAGUUCGCCGACAACUCUUUGAACGCGUGUUAAUUAUAAUACACGCAUUUCACUGGAUUUCGGCGAACUUGCGCUAAUGACGGUUUAAUGAAAUGCUGGCCUCAUGUUUCGUUUCGGCUGUGCAAGACUGCAAGGAGUAGUCUGUGUAUGAGGGGUAAUAACUUUGUUUUUCCAUCACGGUUUGCUAUAUACUUUAUCAUCAGUAAUAUUAUGUGAUGCACUGUGAUGUGUAUUUUUUGGUGGUAGGAAUGUUUUGUUUUGUCAUGUCAUUAUAAUCUGGUACAUGUAUUUAACUGUUAAUUAUAUCUUCUUCUUUUUUUAGGUCGGCCACUUAUAAGGGUCAUUUCUUUCUGGCUGCUAUCUACCAAGUAAUUUUGAUAUUUUGUACCGAUGCAUAUACAUGUAUUCUAUUAAUCUUGUGUAACAAUUUAUUAUUCCAUGCACACGUUUGUAUAUUAUUCUUAAAUUGCAAUGAUGUAUUGAAUUGGAUUGAAACAAAACUAUAGCUAUUAACACCACAUAGUAUAUAGUACCAAUAUAUGUGUUGAUGACAUGUACAGUGUAUUUACGAAACAGAAUAUGAAAUAUGUAGUGUCUACAAUAUAAUUUGCAGGUGAG